GAAGGGCUGCAGCCGGGAGGCCCUGGACAAACUGAAAGAGAGAGAACCUGCCUGAAGCCUGGGAAGGACGGGGCGGCUGAUCAGGGACACUCCAGGACAAGAGCCAGGAGGAGCACUGCCAGGGAGGAAUUGCCUUAGAAGGACAGGCCAGAGCUGGGCCCAGUAUCACUGCUGCCCAGAGCUGCAUGGGGCUGAUUUUGAAUGUACUGAACCCCAUCCUUUCCCUGGAAUUGUGCUCCAUUGAGAAGAGUCCCACUGAAUCCUUACUGCUAACAAAUCUGCUGUUCAACUGAGUGGAUUUCAAGAGCUGCAAAACUGCCAGAGCUACAAUCUUGCAGAAGAUCUUACUGCAUAUUUCUGUGAGCUGCAGAGUCAAUAAAGAAAUGUCCAUCCUACGGUGAUGCUUGCACCUCAUUGACUUGACUAUAGAGUUUUCAACAGAAAUUGAAUAUGGCCUAGUAGGAUUGACCUUUGGAGAAUUUAUGAUGUCCUCCGGUAUUAGUAGAAGCAAGAACCGGCAGGCUGUGAACCUGCAGGGAGUUGACCCAGAAACAUGCAUGAUAGUGUUUAAAACGCACUGGGGACAGGUUGUAAAAAUCCUAGAGAAGCAUGACCCUUUGAAAAAUACUCAGGCGAAAUAUGGGGCAAUUCCACCAGAUGAGGCCAGCACUGUGCAGAAUUAUGUGGAGCAUAUGCUUUUCUUAUUAAUUGAGGAGCAAGCAAAAGAUGCUGCAAUGGGGCCUAUCCUUGAGUUUGUAGUCACAGAGAACAUAAUGGAAAAACUCUUCCUUUGGAGCUUGAGGCGGGAGUUCAACGAUGAGACAAAAAUUGAGCAGCUGAAGAUAUAUGAGAUGCUGGUUACUCAGUCCCAUCAGCCUGUGCUGCACCACAAGCCCAUCUUGAAGCCUUUGAUGAUGUUGCUGAGCUCUUGCUCAGGAACGGCCACACCAGCUGUGGAGUUGGAGCUGGUCAUCCUGCUGAACCAACUCUGCUCUAUCCUAGCCAAAGAUCCUUCCAUUCUGGAACUGUUUUUCCACACCAGCGAGGACCAAGGAGCUGCCAACUUUCUCAUUUUUUCCCUUUUGAUUCCCUUCAUCCAUCGGGAAGGAACAAUAGGUCAGCAGGCUCGUGACGCUCUGCUCUUCAUAAUGUCCCUGUCAGCUGAGAACAACGUUGUUGCAAAUCACAUAGUAGAAAACACCUACUUUUGUCCUGUACUAGCAACAGGACUGAGUGGCCUCUAUUCAUCUUUGCCUACAAAGCUGGAAGAAAAUGGAGAAUGGCACUGUCUGCUGAAAGAUGACUGGCUCCUGUCCCCAGCUCUUGUUCAGUUCAUGAAUUCCCUAGAGUUUUGCAAUGCAGUAAUACAGGUGGCACAUCCCUUGAUUCGUAACCAGCUUGUGAACUACAUUUACAAUGGGUUUUUGGUGCCAGUAAUGGCUCCUGCACUCCAUAAGGUGACUGUGGAGGAGGUAAUGACUACAACUGCAUACCUGGAUCUCUUUUUGCGCAGUGUUUCAGAGCCAGCUCUACUCCAGAUUUUCUUGCGUUUCAUCCUGCUGCACCAGCAUGAGAACGUGCACAUCCUAGAUACGCUCACGAGCCGAAUCAACACUCCAUUUCAGCUCUGUGUGGUAUCUUUGGCAUUGUUCAGAACACUCAUCGGCUUACACUGUGAAGAUGUGAUGUUACAGCUAGUUUUAAGAUAUCUGAUCCCAUGUAAUCACAUGAUGUUGAGUCAAAGAUGGGCUGUGAGAGAAAGAGACUGUUAUUCAGUAUCUGCUGCUAAACUGCUUGCUUUGACCCCAGUCUGCUGCUCUACUGGGAUUACACUGACUGUUGAAAACCAAUCAAAAGAUUACAUCCUAUGGACAAAGGCCACACCCAAUGCAGGUUCUUCCGUAGGCUAUUGCAAAUCUAUGUGCAUUGUGAAAUAUGGAAGAGCUGUGGACAUCAGUUACCUGCAGUACCUGUGGGAAGCUGAAGCCAUCAUUCUCCACUGCAUGAAAGACUGCCGGGUUUGGUCUGCCCCGUAUGAUGGGGAAGACCCUGACCCAGACACCUUUAUCCAAACGCUGGCAGAGGAGAAUAGUAAAAGUGUGGAGCACCCUAUGUUCCGACUCCAGCAGCAAACUUCCAGUAACUGCAGUUCUUCUCAAAUUACUCCAUUGGGAGAGAAGAUACAGAUGGAGCUGGAAUGGGAUGACAGCUACGACACAGGGAUUUCUCCUGGGUCUGAUGUGAGCUCACCCCAGCCUUUUGAUGAUCUAGGGACUGUAGAGAGACAACUGCCUGCAGAGCCACCGAAGCACAUUCAAGAGAUGAAGAAGAAUGCAAUCAUGCUUGUCAGAGGGUCUUACAUAGAAGAAUCAGAUUUUCAGGAUGAUGUCAUGGUUUACAGGUUAUGUGCCCAAAAGGAUACUCAGGAUGAUGACAAUUCCAAGGAGGAAACUUUAAGUACAGCAACUGAAUCUCAAAACACAAUUCAAAGUCAGCCCAUUAGGAGGUCUUUGAAAAACUCACAUCCAGACACAGACUUAAAGGAACACAAUAGGAAAAAUUCAGGUUUGCUUCAGGAUGUAACAAAGGAACAAAUAAACCAAAAAGCUGUUGAAACAGACCGACAACCAGACUUAGAGCUGAAACUCUCUCCUCCAGAAGCAGAUCAAAACUCAAAUGUGAGGCUGCUGAGCCCAGAUAGUGAGGAAUUUAUUGCACAAUAUGACAAAAUUAUUGAAGAACUGGAUUCUAACACAACAGGCUUGUUAGAGGAGCAGAAAUUGUUGACACCUGAUCCUGUAUCUCCAGUGGAAGAGGAGGAGGACUUUGAAAAUUUUUCAGUGGACACUCCUUCUACAGAAAGUAUACUGUCUCCAUUUGGGCCAAAGGAGGAUACGUUUUCCAACCAUCCUGCAAGGAGCCAGAAUGCUGCAUUUACAGGGCCAUUUAUCAGCGUAGUGCUGUCAAAACUGGAGAAUAUGUUGGAGAAUUCCUUGCAUGUUAACUUGCUGCUCAUUGGGAUUAUUACUCAACUGGCCAGUUACCCGCAACCUCUUCUUCGUUCCUUUCUGCUCAAUACCAACAUUGUAUUGCAGCCUAGUGUACGGUCAUUAUAUCAGGUGCUGGCAUCUGUGAAAAAUAAAAUUGAGCAGUUUGCAUCCAUCCAAAAAGAUUUUCCAGGUCUUCUUAUACAGGCCCAGCAGUACUUGCUUUUCCGAGCGGACAUGUCUGAUGUGGCUCCAGAGUUACUGACCAAAGAGAACAUCCAGCACAACAGCAGCACAGGGAAAGGAAGAAAUCUUUCUGAAGCUUCCCAAACCCUGCUCCAGCCUUUCUUGGGACACAGAGCAAAGAGAGUAACGGCUCUUCCUGGUAUUCCCUUGCCUGUGAGGAAUAGCGUGCUGGCAGCUGCCCUUUUCCCAGAGUUUCUGAAGGAGCUAGCAGCUCUUGCACAGGAACAUUCCAUCCUGGGUUACAAAAUACUGGGUGAUGUUGAGGAUUAUUAUUAGUGUCAUUUUUACAGAUUUUUUUUUCCUAAUAGAAUUAGCAGAUUUUUAAAUGCAAAGCUGCUUACAAAAGAAAGUUCUACUUUGAUACUUCCUGAUAAUACUUGAUCUGGGAAAAAAUCUCAUUCCAUGGUACCUUUAUAUUAGGCCUUAUGACUUCCAACUGUGCAACAUACUCAUAUGAUAUAUUUCUGAGGGGUUCUGUCAUUUCGAAUAUGUACCCCUCUUCCCUUGUGCAUAUACACAACUUCCUUUACCUCACUGCUCCUGUUUUCAAUUCUGGCCGAGAAAAUUGGGUUGCCUAGUGGGAGAAAUACCUGAUAUGUAAAUAUAUAUAUGAAAACUGCACAAAAUUGGUCAAAUAAGCCUUCUGUGUUAAGGACCAAGAUUUUUAGGGGGUUGAUUGCUUUAUUUUUAAAAGGGGAGUCUACAGUGCCACCUCUGAAAUCCCCUUUACCAAUGGCUGAGGUUGUGAAUCCAAGUGUUCUCAUGUGUUAUAAAUGCAUGACUAGCUGAAAGCAGGUGCUGUACCCAACACAUACCGUAUUGCCUUAUGUUGCAUACAAAUCUGCAGCUAUCAGCUGUUGGUCUUUUGAAGUCAAAUGAAAUGUGUAAGUGGAUGCAGAGUGCAGACUGCUUGGAAUUUUCCUUGCAGUUUCUCAGCAUAAUUUGAUAAAUAUUAUAUUGCUAUCUAAAAUCUCAAGCAAGCCUUAUUUAGUAAAAUUUGCACAAAGUACAAAGUGUUUCUAUGCAAGCUCUAAAAAAUUUGUGUUCUUCUAUUGAUAAGCUGAAGAAAAGUAUUCAGUAUCUUUCAGUAGUGUUAAAAGGGCAACUCUGAUCUAUUUUUGUUAAGUACUGCUUUUUAUGAAAAAGGACAGCUUGCCUCUGAAAAGGUGUUCUUAAUUUUUUUUUAAAGGUCAUUUUGAACACUGGUUAUUUAUUUUUUAAGUUAUGCGCUAGCUUUUCCUAAUAUUGCACUUUUGGGGUAAUGGGGAGGGAGGAGGAAUGUUCAGUAGUUGGAGAGGAAAAAGUAACAGGGAUAAUUGAAAACGGUUGCUAGUGAUUAACAGCUUAAGAAAAUUCUCUUCUGUGAGUAAUGAGGUUCAUUAGAAGAACCCAAACAUGAUGAAUUGGUGCAUCACUGCAGCAUUUAGUCUUACUUUUAGUGGCAUAAUUGUGCUUCCAGUGCUAUACAUGAAUGGGGGGCUCAGUUCAUGAAAGCCUUAAUACUUCCCCUUUCUACUACGAGGAAACUAAAACAAUCCCAAAGCACUGGAAACCGGAGGUAAGAAUGAUAUUAAAGCAGUUUUUGUUAUGCUGCUGGUUGUAAUUCCCCAAUACUGAAAAGCCCCAUUUUAUAACUUCCCCAAUUUCAAGCAUAUUAUCUUCACUUAAGGAAUGUAAAUGAAAAGCCUAUAAGGAGAAAGAUCAGGUUAAAUUUUGUAAAGUACCUAAGUGACUUAGGAACUGAAGUCCCAUUAACUUUCAAUGGUCCUUGGUCACAUGGGGGGUAUGGCUAUACAGUAGUUAAACACCUGCAGCUGGGCUGGGCUUGUGGGGCUUGGGCUGCAGGCUUAUAAAGUUGCUGUGUAGAGGUUUGGGCUUCAGCUCUGAGACCAUGGUGGGGGGUGGCGCUGGGAGGGUCACAGAGUCCAUGCUCCACUCUGAGAGCCUGAAUGUCCAUGCAACAAUUUUUAGCCCCACGAGCCUGUGUCAGCUGGCCCAGGCCAGCCACCAUCUUUUAUUCCAGUGUAGAGAUACCCAUAAGUGCUUGGAAAAGUGCACCCAUCAUCCAUAGCAGGGAGAGGUAUAGUAGUGCCUGACUGCAUUAAGUCCUGUCUGUAGGAGACACUAAAAGUCCUAAAGUGGAUCUGCACAGAUUGCCACAUGCAAAUACUUCCCUAGACCUGCCAUCACUCGUCUGUCUAGGUAUUUGUAAUGUACUCAAUUCUGUGGUGUCUGAACACCAGCUUCCCUCCCUCACAGCCCUGGCUGCUGCCUCUCAACCCUUUGUGCUUAGGCCCGUGCAUCCCUCCAGGUCACUUUCUUCUCUGUUGCUCCUGUUCCGUGCAACUCUUUGCCUGUCAGAUGCAAUUCCACCAAAUCACACUCUAGCCUCCUUGCUGCUGCUCCGCUCACCCCCCAUUCGAUUGCCUUUUGUUUAACUCAUUUAAUUUAGGAAGGGGAGAAUUCUUCUACUGAUUCCAGUGCUGCUGGAGCCAGGGCCAACCACCAGCCUCAGGCCCCUUUCCUUCUCCUAGCAGCUGGUAGGUUCUUCACUCACACCCCUCACCUUAGAACUGUGGUUCAUGCCUGUUCUCUUAUAAAUUAGCUGUGAGGGGAAGAGAGAGAUCACUUACUGCAGUGCUCCAGCCUAAUCUGGGCUGGGUCAGUGGCUGCUGAAUGCUGUAAACACUGAUCUAAUCUAUUCUCAUGUCAUCAAAGCAUAGCCACUACCUUCUAGCAAGAAGCUGAUGUGAGUGCUUUAAAAUGGACUAAAUACAUGUAAUAAUAAAAUAAGCAAACUUCAAUGAGUCAUAACCAAGUGGGGAUUUACUCCCAAAAAACUAUCCACAUUUUUAAAAAUUGUUAAUGGGGUGAAUUUGUUUGGUAAUUCUCCCUUUCCUUGCCUUUUAGUUAAAAUCAGACCAUUAACUCUUUUUUGUGAACUGUUUAGGAGUGGUUUCAUUUUAAAUGGUCUUUUUUGUUUUUAAAUGUGCUUAUUCAUUACAAUAGUCUGUUCUGAAGACAAAGGUAGAUGGAGACCUUAAAAACGUGGACUCUGCAAACUAGAUCUGUAAGUUUUGGGGUUUGGACCCAGUAAACUGUAAUGGUUCCGGAGGAGUUACUCCAGCCUACCAAAUUAGUGAGCUUUAAAAACCCUACAGCGGGCAGAGGAAUUCUUACUGACAAGUCAUUACACUGUAUGUGCAUAAGGUAUGCUUUAAACAAAGGAAAACCAUCUGUCAUCUAUCUAAAAGGAGAGACCCUAUUGUGGACUUGUAAAUUGGCAAGUGAUUUGUCAAUUUUUGAUAUAUUUGCUAUUUCCUUUGUAUAAGUCUGGUCGGUUUAUACUCAAACUCUAAACUGUCCAAAUAAAGAUUCAAUAUACAUUA